CCUUCCCACCCUCGUUUUUGUUUUUUUUCCCCUCUCUCCAAAAACUAGUAUUUAUCGGUUCUGUUAUGCCCACCACCUCUCUCUUAAACCACCUCCCCCCUAUCACAGCCUUUUCGGUUCAUAAUUCUCUCUUGUAUUAGCAUCUGAUUCUCUCUUCUGACAAUAGUUUUAUGGUUUGUUUCCUACACAGAUAAUAUAAACGUCGCAGGCUUUCAUCUACAAUAGCUUAGUUUGGAAAAUUUGUUUUAGGCACCCAUUUGAGAUUUGGAGAGAUUCUUGUGAGAUUUUGAAGGUUAUGGAAAACAAUUGUGUGUAUAGUGAGGAAGAUGAGCAGAUGGAACUGCCUCCGGGAUUUAGAUUCCAUCCAACUGAUGAAGAGCUCAUAACUCACUACCUGUCUCAGAAGGUUCUUGACAACUACUUUUGUGCUAGAGCUAUUGGUGAGGUCGAUUUAAACAAGUGUGAGCCAUGGGAUUUGCCUUGGAGGGCUAAAAUGGGUGAAAAGGAAUGGUAUUUCUUCUGUGUUAUAGACCGGAAGUAUCCCACCGGUUUAAGGACGAAUAGGGCUACUGAUGCUGGUUAUUGGAAAGCCACAGGCAAAGACAAGGAGAUUUACAGGGCUAAAACACUUGUUGGCAUGAAGAAGACCUUGGUUUUCUACAAAGGGAGAGCCCCCAAAGGAGAAAAAACCAACUGGGUUAUGCAUGAGUAUAGAUUAGAGGGGAAAACCCCCGUCUAUAAUCCCCCUAAAACAGCCAAGAAUGAUUGGGUCAUCUGUAGAAUUUUUGAGAAGAGUUGUGGAGGAAAGAAAACACAUGUUUCAGGGUUGGUGAGGUUAAGCUCGUAUGGAAAUGAAUUAAAGCCAACAAUAUUGCCUCCAUUGAUGGAUUCUUCUCAACACAAUAACGACAAGAGGACUAACAUAGGUGAUAAGUCUCACGUGACCUGCUUCUCCAAUCCAACGGAGGACCAGAAACCCCAUGAAACCAUUGCUGAUUGCUUUAACAUUUCUCUUAGAGCUCCUUUCUCUUCUUCAAACAUGUCCCCUUCCUCAGUUCUGUUUUCAAAACCCUCACCUCCAAACUCUUUCUACUCCUCUCAAAUUUUACCAAACAUAGCAAAUUUUCAAUACCCAGAUUCUGUUAUGAUGCCAGAACACUCCAUGUUGAGGAUAUUGCUUGAAAACCAUGGACCCGGCAUGAACCUAAACUCAAAACGGGAGCUUUCAGAGGACACUGGCCUCAGCACUGAUAUGUCUUCAGUGGUAACCAACCAUCAAUUGGUUCAUGGGUCCUUUGAGGAUCCAUCAAGUUCUGCCGGACCAGUUGAUCUUGAUUACCUUUGGAAUUACUGAACUUCCAGUUGCAUAAAUAUGUUAAAAAAAAAGAAGCGAGGUUUUUUUUUCUUUUUUUUCUUCUUUUUAGUUAUCAUUGUGGUGUGUAUAGCUUCUAAUUGGAGGCGAAGGAUUUUCUUAAAUAUAUGCUGUUAAAUUACUCUCUACAUAA